AUGAUCUUCUGGAUUAAAUUUUUUCGCUUUUUCUGUGCCCGGAACAGAUACUAACAGAUAUGGGUACAAUAUGGCUUCAGUACUUUGGUAUACUUCUGGGAAUAAUUUUCUUUCGUCAGUCUUCGUGUUACUCUUACUGUUCUGCCCACAUGACUCCUCAGCCCGCGAGAUAAUUGAGACACCACUGCCACAACAAGACUAUGUUGCAUCACUACCACCUCCACCGGGAGGUGUCACCACUGCCAGAACACCAAAGUGCGAUCAAAAGUUUGUAAGCACUCCUGAGGGGCAGCUGAAUGGGACCUUUUAUGCACCAACGCUGAUCAAUCCUGAAGGGGAUCCACGACAGUGCGUUUACACGUUCCUCGCAGGACCGCGUCAGCGUGUCGAAUUGAUUUUCACCUCAUUCGGCCUCCGAGGAAAACCACCAGAUGGAUCUGCUGUGGGAGAAUUACCUGCCUGUAUUCAUGAGUAUAUGGACAUAUACUCCGAGAUACGAUCAGAGAACACGACGAAACUGAUAGAAACGCCAUUCGGCGGACGAUUUUGCGGACCUAUUCCACCUCGCAGACGGGUCUCUCUUUAUCAGGGAAUUGCUCUUAGUUUCUUUACUGAUAAGAAUGUCACUCUACCGCACGUUUUUGGCGGUAUUUACAGAUUUCUCAACGCUUCUGAGUAUGAAGUAGGCACUCCAUUGCCGAAUACACCAUGCUCUUUCACGAUACGCGCGGAGGCUAAACGUACCGGAAAUAUACUAUCUCCUACUUAUCCUGGCACUUAUCCGAAAAAUCUUGUUUGUAAAUAUGAGUUUAUCGGGAAGCCUGGCCAACGUGUGCGGUUGGAAUUUCGCGACUUCGAUUUAUUUUUUGGCGGACCACACUGCCCAUUGGAUUACGUAAAGGUAUAUGAUGGUCUCGAUAAUUCGAGUGCCGUCAUUGGUACGUAUUGUGGUCAGCAACGAAAUUUAGUAUUGUACUCUUCGGAGAAUAGAUUGUUCGUGCUGUUUGCCACAUUGAAGCGCACAGCAAAUACAAAUCGAGGUUUUAAAGGCAUCUUCGAGUUCUCGGAGAGUUUUGUCAGCCUGGACUUUAUAACGGAAUAUCACGGCGAGCAUAUCCGUGGAUCUGAGUGUGAUCAGAAGAUCCUCAGUAAGAAGGAAACAUCGGGGGUUGUAGUUAGUCCAAAUUUUCCAUAUCCUUAUAUACCUAAAGUCGUCUGCCGUUAUUUUAUCUACGGCAUGCAAGACGCGCAGCACUUGGAACGCGUACGAUUAGAAUUCGAAAAAUUCGCCAUACAGAUGGCCAAAGGAGAAACGGCGUGCACCGACGGUUAUUUGAAAUUGUAUCUGAAGGGCCAGGAAGCGACAGAUUCUUAUGACAAAUUCGAUUACGAGAUGUGCGGUAACAAGAGCAAUCCAAGCACCGUAGUUAGCGAUGGACCGAGACUUGUGAUGGUGUUCAGCAGUGGGGAAUUGCAGGCGCAAGGUUUUAAAGCUAAGUACACCUUUGAAACGGAAUAUAAGAUACCGGGUACUGCGUCGCCCGACGGCAGCUGUACCUUCACUUAUUACAGUUUAUCUCGCAAACGUGGUGAAUUUAAUUCUCCACGAUAUCCUAGUAAUUAUCCGAGCGAUACGAAUUGCACAUACUUUUUCUUGGCAACGCCGAACGAGCAGGUUACCUUGAUCUUUGAUCAUUUUAAGGUUCGUACGAAAAAUGUCAACGUGACGGUCGGACAUUACGGACAUGAAUUAUGUCAGGAAGAUUGGCUUGAAAUUUACAACAUGUAUCGGGACGAAACAGAGAAAUUGAUAGGAAGGUAUUGUGGUGCAACUGCGCCAGGUCCGGUAGAAUCGAAUCUCGGUGCAAGAGGGUUAAAAGUGAUUUUACAUUCCGAUUCAGAACUUGUUUACAGUGGCUUCAAAGCGCGUUACACUUUCGAGAUCGCUAAACCUAUUUUCGGAGAUUGUGGAUCAAAUAGUAGUUUAAAUUAUGGUAUAAUAACCAGUCCGAAUUUUCCGAAUAAGUAUGACGGUCCGGCGAGAAACCUAGCUAGCAAAACUUGCAACUGGUUUAUAAGAGUUCGACCGAAUCAACAAAUACUCUUGAAUUUUGAGAUUUUUUCUGUGGAAGGUGAUCAAUUAGCACGAGGUUGCCCCGCAGCCGUGUUACGUAUGUGGUAUUCAUUGACAUCGACUCCGUACGAGCUCUGUGGCGUUAAAAGUUCCGAUACAAAAUGGAGUUAUCUUUCGGAGGAUAAUAAUAUGCGGCUUAGUUUUAUAUCGGCCGAUAAAGCGGUAGGACAACAAGGCUUUCGAGCAGUGUGGACCGAAGUAAACACGGAUACAGAGUGUCAAGGUCAAUUUCUAUGCAGCAGUAAAUAUUGCAUCGACGAAUCGCUACGAUGCAAUAACAUUGAUAAUUGCGGGCCGGACGAUACGUCGGACGAAGAGAAUUGUAAGUUUCGCUAACGUUAGAACACAACCUGUGUUAACAGAAGCAUUUCAAUAAGCGGUGUGAUUCAAUGUUUAUCUUUUUGCUUUCAUUACGACUUAUACUCUCUUCUCCUUUUUCUUUCUAUACGUGAACUAUACUCUACUAAUAUUCAGUGUAAUCUCCUCUGGACUAUUCAAUAGACAUGUUCUACAAAGAU